GUGGCACCUGAGUAGAGUUAGGUGCAGCUGCUUUUUCUGUUUGACCAGCACCCUGUUUCUUGUUAUUGCUGGAAAUAUCCUGAAGGCCCUGAUUUCUGUAACCAUGAAUGUCAUCCUUUCCAGAGAUACCCAUGUGAAGAUAAUGGACAAUAUAGUCACCAAUGCAGAGAAAUACUUUGGCAAAUUCUGCAGUCUGAUGGCUGGGUAUACCCGCAAGACUGCAAAACUUCGGGACAAGUCAGACCUGCUGGUCAAGCAGCUCAUGGACUAUGCAAAUACUGAGAAUCCUGAGUUACGAACUGCUGUGAAGAACUUUGCUGAGGAAUUGGCUAAGGUGCAGGACUACAGACAAGCUGAGGUGGAGAGACUGGAGGCAAAAGUCAUUGAGCCUCUGAAAGUAUAUGGGAUACUCAUCAAACAAACCAAGGCUGAGAUUAAGAAGUUCAACAAGGAUCGAAACAAUGAAAUAAAGCAACUAGAGAAGCUGGAGAAGAUCCGACAAAAGUCGCCAUCUGACCGCCACAUGAUUACACAGGCUGAAUCUCAAGUACACAAAGCCUCUGUUGAUGCCAGUCGAAGCACCCGGCACCUUGAAGAGACUAUAGAUGAGUUUCAGAGGCAGAAGCUAAAAGAUAUUCAGAAGAUCUUCCUGGAUUUUGUUACCAUUGAGAUGGCCUUCCAUGCAAAAGCUCUGGAGGUCUAUUCCAACGCCUUCCAAAAUCUUGAAAGCUACAAUGCAGAAAAAGAUCUUGAGGAUUUCAGAGAGAAAAUACGCAUCGCUUCUGGGACCUUCUAUGAGGCGAGACCAGUCACAUCAACAAGCCCAUCUUCUACCAUCCCAUGGUCAGCAGGAACACAGACCAUCCAAAAUACUCUUGAGAAGCUGACACUAGUGGAGGAUGAUGAGGAUUCUGAAGAAAGCCAGUGGCAAGAUGUAGACAACACUGAAUAUACACAGAUUCGGAAAGUAGCCAGCAGAACAGCAUGACAACAACUGCCUCUAUACAUGAUAUUGGUUUGCGUUUGUUUCUGUAUUCCAGAAUUUAACUUUAGUUUUCAUUCUGUUUUUCAUUCUAAGUCAAUCCCAUCUCUCUUGUCCAUAAUCUUGAGACACAUUAAUAUAAGAAUGUUGGUUUUCAAAAUUUUAUUUCUAAAUAAUGUGGGACGAUCGUAUAAUGGCACUUUAAUCAUAUAUGCAGGCUCUGUUUUUACUUAGGAGAAUUAGACAUACGAGUACACAGAUUAUAAUAAAC